AGACAAACUCAACAAGGCCAGGAUGAGAGCGCAUGAUUGGGUGAGAGAGGUGGAGAAACCUGUCGUCGUCACAGAUACCAUCGGGGGGGCGACGGAGGAGGAGCAAAGAGGAGAACCUGAAACAAGAGAGGGAGAAGAAGAGAAGAAAGAGGAGGAGGAGCUAAAGGAGAAGAAAGAGGGGGAGGAGCUAAAGGAGAAGAAAGAGGGGGAGGAGCUAAAGGAGAAGAAAGAGGGGGAGGAACUGGAGGAGAAGAAAGAGGAGGAGCUAAAGCAGAAGAAAGAGGGGGAGGAGCUAAAGGAGAAUGAGGAAGAGAGACGAUCCAGGUCUGUAGAGGCAGUGUACCUGUCUUCAGUGGGCUCCCUGGCGGAGGUGACAGCCCGCAGUAUCGAACAGCUUCACAAGGUGGCAGAGUUGAUCCUCCACGGACAGGACCUGGAGAAACCUGCCAGAGACCAGGCUCACAUACUCACCAGGUUGACGUGUGCCAUGUGUCGGGAGGUGGGUUGUCUUGCCAGGAAGUUCUCUGAUACUCUGCUUGUUGCAGGUUGACGUGUGCCAUGUGUCGGGAGGUGGGUUGUCUUGCCAGGAAGUUCUCUGAUACUCUGCUCACCGUUGGGGUUCAGAGAAAAGCAGAAGAGUUGAACCCUUUGGUAGACAGUGUGCUGCUUGAGGGUUCUAACAGCACCACAUACAUCCAGAACGCCUUCCAGCUCCUCCUCCCGGUUCUCCAGAUGUCACACAUCCAGACCCAGAGCUCUAGAACCCGCACGGAACCACAGCCCUAACCCUGUCGUAGCCACAGUAAACACACCUCAUACUGCUGGAGUGCUGUUAGCAUACUAUAUCCUAAUGAUGUAACUAUGUACAGGAAGAUAAUGUGAUAUAUAUAUAAAUAUAUAUAAAUAUAUAAAUAACAGUGAUACUGAAGUCAACUACUAGGUUGCCAUAGUAACAGACUUUAAACUAUUACGUAAUGCAGUAACUUAGUAUAGUUUCAUGUAGGGAACUAUAUAUAUAUAUAUAAAUAUAUAAAUAACAGUGAUACUGAAGUCAACUACUAGGUUGCCAUAGUAACAGACUUUAAACUAUUACGUAAUGCAGUAACUUAGUAUAGUUUCAUGUAGGGAACAACUUCUCAGAUUGAAGAGCUUGUACUAUUAAGCAUCUCCAAAUUGAUUCUUUUAUUAUAUAUAUAUAUAUAUAUAUUACUGUUCAGAGGUAAAUCUAAACAUGAUUCAUGUCAACUGGCUACUUUAACCCGGUGUAUCAGAUUAUGUCUUAUCGUUUUAUAAAGCGAAACCAAAAAAAAUAGUUUUGUUGUCCGGGUUUGUUUUUAGUGUCACGUAAACCAGAUCAGUGUACUGUGUUGUUUAACAGUGGCGUCCCUGAAGCAAAUUAGGGUUCAGUGCUUUUCUCAAAAUGGCACAUCGACAAUAAUAAAACAUUUUUGUUGCUUUGUCAGCUCAGGUGUUCGAACCAGAGACCUUUGGGUUCCUGGGCCCAACGCGCUAACCAACGCGCUAACCGCUAACCUUGACAUUAACGGACAAAGACAAAAAAAGGACCAGAACUAUAAUGUUCUAUAUUUCUAUGUGUGUAUUUGUUUUUAGGUCCACUGGUUUAUUAAGUCGUUGUUCAUCAUUUAUUAAUCUGCUGCUAUGGUAACGGAGAUGGAAUCUGACAACGGAACCUUUAUCUGCUGCUAUGGUAACGGAGAUGGAAUCUGACACUGGUUUAUUAAGUCAUUGUUGGAUCAUUUAUUAAUCUGCUGCCAAGGUAACGGAGAUGGAAUCUGACAACGGAACCUUUAAUCACAAAAUACCAACAACGAAAAAUAAAAACACCUUUUUUAAACCUUUUAA